CGUCAACACGAGUCUUGCACAAUGGCACUAUUGAAAUCGACUUUCUCUCGUCCACAACGGGUGGAGUCGUACACAGUGAGGUUUUGCUGAAGGACACACUCAUUGCAAGGACGCUGACACAAGAAGGAUGGGUGGUUGGAGGAGUCGGGUCGCGCGGGUCUGUGGACUACUACACGAAGAAGGAAAUUUCCAUCCUCACAGCUGCAGGGAAGGAAGUAGCGCUUGAUGAAGGCCAAUUUUUCGCGGUUCUCGCUGCGCCAGAAGAUGAACAUCAUGAUGAAGAUGGAAUUGAAAACCAACAAAUGUCCUCGAGCCUUGGCCUUUUUUCUGGCAGCAUCUUUCUCGUGGGAGAUCCGCUUGUGGCAGCGGUGUUUUUCAAAACGGAUGGUGGCGGGUCAUUCGUCAGGGAAAGUGGAAUGAGAAGCAUCAGCAGCUCAGCGUAUUCUAGCACUAAAAACAGCGUCAGCGAUUUUUUCUUCUUCGAGAAUAACAACAUCCCGCCCCUUCCGACGAUAGCAGAUCUGAAAGAGAAGACAGGUCAAGAAGAGAUACGAGAAAUCGUUGAGCAGAUGCGUAUAGAUGGGAGGCGAGAGGUAGUCGUACAACAACGAUCUGACGGAGCCAUGGUUUCCAUUUCCCUUCCUGCUGCUGGUGUUGCUGAACAUGAUGUGGAUGAAAUCGACGAGGACCGACUUGUUGUAAACAGCGCAACGAAUCGCACGAUAAGACCUAGCGAGCUCUACGACGAAAGAGGUAGUUCUACUAUCAGGAGGAGCACAAGAACAAGUAGUAGUACAAUCCGGCUUCCUAGACCCACCAGUGGCUCAACUGACUCAGACUCUGUUCCAGCACUACCUACAAUUCUUCCAGUCUGGCCAGAACGUGUCUGGACUACAGUAGAUGCGCAUGCGAGACAAAAAUGCUUAACGGUGUCUCCUCUCGGCGUUAUUUCUACCGUCUUACGUGGAGAAAUCGUCAUAACGACUAGAAGCACAAGUACCACAGUUCAAUUUGUUUCUGCAGAUACAGGAAUCGUGACACCGCUCAGAGGAGAGAAAAAUCUUAUCGUGCAGCAGCCUGACGGUUCCAUUGUCGUAGUGACGCCGCACGGAGUAACUACGCCGGUUGACGUCGGCGACACGAUUCUUCGUCGUGCAGAUUCUUCCGUCAUGCUUCCAACGACAAGACGUGCUCCACGACAGAGACAGACACAGAGUGAUCUGCGACAGAUCGCAGACGCAAUAGUACGUUCCAGCAGCUCCUUUUCUAUGUCUGCGACAAAUCCUGCUUUCAUGUUGACUGAUGGAAUUGGAAGUCCAAAUGAAUCGAUUCAACCAAAUGAUUAUGCUGUUCCCGUAGUAGACGCAGAGCUGCAUCACAUUGUUGAAGACGCAAGAGCGGAAAGGACUACAAUCGCCGCAGGGGGCGAUGAUGAGGAGAGAUCAGAAGUAGCAGCGUCAGUGAACAAAAGAGCAAGUGCGGCUACUCGGCCCUCCCGUCGCGUUUCGACCUUGCGAGGCUCUACGACAUCAAAAACUUCAGAUAAAGAUAACAACGGAGGUGCAAUGAACAUGAAGAGACCAACAACAUCCACCUCGUCUACCUCUCAACAACAUCCUGGCGACAUUGCAGAUGCUUGCCUACAAGAGCCAGGCAGCCGCGUCCUUGUCAGACACUCUGAUGGUCGAGCUUCUCUUGUCAGCAAGUCGCGAACGAGCAGCCUUGUUGAACAUUACUACACGAUAGCGAGUGCUGUGUCUAGAAAACGGCCACCGCGAUUGUCCCAAAUCAGUCUUACAACUGAAAAUGAGGACGAUGGGGGAUCAACAUUGUUGGUGGAGGAAAUGGGCGAGGAAGAAGGACCCACUCCUGAAGGACCCACUGAAGAGCAAGACCCUCCAUCAGUUGACGAACCAGUUCCGGAUGAACCGGAUGAAGAGGAACGGGAGAGUUCACGGCAGAGUUCCGGAGUUGUCUCACUGCGGAUGCCAAGUUCAAUGAUGGACCAGGAAGACAAAGUCAAACAAGAUGGCACUAGUACAACCGAAAUCCUCCAAGGAACAGCUGAAGUAGAAGCUCCUGCUGCUACAACUUCUGAGCCAGCUUCUGGUUCUGCGAAAGCGCAAACUGGUGAACAUGAACAAGAGGGGUUUCUAGCAUCCCCUGAUGCUCGUGGGCACCGAAGUGAGUUGCUUCGUCGUCGACGGGCGGCUAGAGGAGCGCGAGGUGUCUCGCCUUCGGGUUUCACCGCCACUAGUGCUUCGGCGCCCCAUUAUCAUACCGUGCCAGGAGACGCAAAGACUAGCACAUCGCAAAAACGAGCCGGUAGUGAUCCUAGUGUUGAACCUGCAGUAGCUGUUGGAGAUGCGGGGGGUAAAAUGAGCGUAACGUCGUCAACAAAACUGUUUCAGAAAAACUUUGGUCCUGCUGAUGGAGAAGAGAGGACACGUCGCACCACAGAGCAAGUACAGGAAGUAAAAGUAAGCUUUGCCGAAAACGUUCGCCAUGUCGUCGACGAUGAUGGUCUUGAUGAAUUGAAGCCACCAACGCCUCCUUUGGUGCAAGACGAGGAAGUAGCUCCCACAAGCGAACAAGUGGAAGAGGGGGAUCAAGACGUAGAUCCUGAGCACCAAGAGUACCUAGACCACAUAGAAGAGCAACUCAUCGAUGACUUAUUGCCCGAUGCCGUUGAGGAGGCAGUACAUGUACAUGGACGCUCUUCAAAAGAGAAAAAGGAACUGCAAAAGGUGUUACGCAAGUACUCCUCGACCGGUGCCGAGAUGAUGAAGGAGAUAGCACUAUCACACGAGGCCUCUCGUAGAUCCUCACAGCCAGAAACUCUCGAUUCAGGCCACGGCUUCAACAACACCGCCAGGCACAGUAGUAACGAUGCCGGUCGCCAGUUUCUGUUGAUGAAGCAGAAACUCAAGGAGCGGGAAGUUAAGCGCGAACAGAGGGAACAACAGCAAGAAGCUAAGUACAUCGAUCACAAAGGCGAUGAUCACGGAGUUGAUAUCGAAUUUUCGAAGUUGCGGUCGAUACGAAUGUGGUCGACCCUCACUUCUCCACCGAGUCCAAAGCGCUUAGCUGAGGCCGAAACACCUCAUGAUACCAGUGGCAAAAUGAUCUUUCGCGGAUCCUCGAUCUCGGAUGGCGGUAUUCAACUUCCUCCGGGUCCGGGUGCAGAGGCUCUCCUGGGUGAUUUUCAAGGUGAUGAAAAUGAGAAAGAGGGAGCUCAAACUGCUAAAAAAGAAAAUGAAGACGAGGGCCUAGACGAAGACGAAUUGAGAAAAACAGCCGUUGUAAACAUUCGAAAAAGUGAGUACUUCAUGUUUCUGCGUGCGUCGACAGAUUCUAGAUGGUCCGGUGCAUCUGGGUCUGGUUCUGGAAUAAGUGAUAACAUGGAAAAGGCUGAAGAGAGUGUAAGUUGCAGUCGCUCAGUUCGAAGAUCUGCAGUUGAACGGCAUCGAUCAGCACGCACCAGACUGGUUGGCCAUCUUCUUCAGGGCUACAAAAACUCUGGACGUUUUACUGCAAAGAGUUCUAGAAAUAGUAGCACCAGUACUAGAAAUAGUAGCACCUCGACCGUUGAAGAACAAACGGCCAUGAACAAAGAGAGGACCACAACAGGGGCGCAAAAUGAAACGGAAACCAGUAGUGACGUUUUCCUUGAAGCAGAAGUAGUAUCAACAGGAGAGGCUGAGGCACAGCAUUCAUCAGAUACACAAGUAGAAGCUCACAGCAAUUACAUCGUAGAAACUGUGGAGGAAGAGCAAAUCUGUCUCAGAAAACGAUCAUUCGCGUCUACUGCUACUCGCGGUCGGCGCACGACCACACAGUCUGCUCGAUCUUCAUCACGUGGUGCAACUGCCACAGUUGUGCCUGAGUAUGUGGCAGUGAAUAGAACUACUGGCAAAGUGAGCGAGAUUCCGAAGGGGAAGAUCGUUAUUUCUCCGAGACCGAAUGAUGAAGACCCUGAACGAGAGUCAGGAGCAGUAGUUGGAGACGAUAAAAAUAAACUUCCUGCGCCGCACCGAAAACCUAACGAGCCACUGUUCAUUCUCACCGUCGACGAGGAUGGCACCGAAGAUGUCGCGCCUUUAGUGGAAGACACGGUUUUGCGCGACAUGGAUACUGGCGAUGCAAUGUUUAUCUUUGCAGAGACUGGCCAGACCGUACCUGCAAGAGACAGCGAUGUCUUCUAUCGAAAAUCCAAACGCAAAACAAGUGCACAAAUUCUGGACGGCAUUGAUAAGGGCAUGCAGUUGGAGGAAAUUGUUGCUGCUCCAUCCAGUACCAGUUCUGGUGGUAAUACUAGGACUAGUGGUCGUCGCGCGUCCUCUAGUUCUACAGCACGGAGGGCGAAGUCUACUUCAACCGUCCUCGGCGGAGUACACGCCGGGGGAUCAAUCAUCUUGGCGGGUGUGUCUGGCCAAGAACAUGCAGCGGCCGCCGUUGCUGCAAGAAACUCCGCGCCCGCGAGUGUCGUUGCGAGAAGCUCCGAACCUAACACCAGUUUCACUCUACAAAGCUCCGCAGCCGCACCUAGUAGCACCGUUUUUGCUAGUACAGGAACAAGCUCUGCACCUACCACCGUUCCUUUCGCGCAAAGUUCUGAACCUACCACCGUUC